GCCUCCGGCUUCUGCCAGGGCAUCAAGCGUUAAUUCCAGGGCAGGUACAGUACCAACUACACUACGGCACUACUUCUACACUAGAGGUAGAACAGCAAGUAGGUACGUAUACUGCGUACACUAGUGUAGAGGAAGGUGCAGAUGCCCCACUAUCACUCUGGUUUGAUGGCGUCGCGACUUCCUCUCAAAGUCAGCCCUGCCGCUGCCAGAAUCUCUUUCUGCCAGCUUCCUUUUCCUUUCGCAUUCCUUCUCCCGCCCACAAACCACUGCUGGCAGUUGCUUUGUGGUUACCAACAGCUCAAGAUUUCCAUCGGAUCUCUUAAAAGAACAUUUUGUUUACUCCAACAAUAACUCCCUCCAAGCAGUCAUCCUAAUUACGACGUCAUAAUGGCUGAUCUCGCCAGCCGCAUCACCAAGCCCGACGAGGCUCCGGCUGCCGCCCCCGAGGCUGCGCCCGUGUCUGCCCCUGCGUCCGAAGAGCCCAAGGCCCCCGAGAACGAGACCUCCAUCGAGGAGAGCCAGAGCAACCUUGUCAAGAACGAGUACGAAGUCGAGAUUAAGUUGAGCGAUCUUCAGAAUGACACCGAAAGUCCUCUCUACUCCGUCAGCUCGUUCGAUGAGUUGGGUCUCCCCGAGGCUGUCAACCGCGGUCUGCUCGCCAUCAACUUCAAGAAACCUUCCAAGGUCCAGGAGAAGUGCCUUCCUCUCAUGCUCUCCGACCCUCCCCGCAACAUGAUUGCCCAGUCUCAAUCCGGUACUGGAAAGACUGCCGCUUUCGUCCUUACCGUUCUCUCCCGCAUCGACCUGUCCAAGCCCCACCAGCCUCAGGCCCUUCUGCUUGCUCCCAGCAGAGAGCUUGCCCGCCAGAUCCAGACCGUUGUCCAGACCAUCGGUCAGUUCUGCGAGAAUUUGAUUGUCGAGGCUGCUAUUCCCGGUGCCAUCUCGCGCGAGACGGGUGUUAGAGGCAGCGUCGUCGUGGGAACUCCGGGAACUGUCAUGGACCUUGUCAAGCGCAGGCAGUUCGAUAUCUCGCAGUUGAAGGUUCUUGUUAUUGACGAGGCCGACAACAUGCUUGACCAGCAGGGUCUGGGUGACCAGUGUGUCCGCGUCAAGAACAUGCUCCCCAAGACCAUUCAGAUCCUCCUUUUCUCUGCGACGUUCCCAGACAAAGUUUUGAGAUUCGCCGAGCGCUUCGCACCCAACGCCAACCAGAUGAAGCUCAAGCAUAAGGAGCUUACGGUUAAAGGUAUUUCGCAGAUGUUCAUGGACUGUCCUACCGAGAAGGACAAGUACGACAUUCUUUGCAAGCUGUAUGGUCUCAUGACCAUUGGUUCUUCCGUCAUCUUCGUCCGGACGAGAGAGACAGCCAACGAGAUCCAGAAGCGCAUGGAAGCAGAUGGUCACAAAGUUUCGGCCCUUCACGGCGCCUACGAAGGCCAAAGCCGUGAUGUUCUUCUCGAUGAAUUCCGCUCCGGACGUUCCAAGGUCCUCAUCACCACCAACGUUCUGGCACGUGGUAUUGAUGUUUCCAGUGUGUCCAUGGUCAUUAACUACGACAUUCCGAUGAAGGGACCUGGCGAAAGGGAGCCGGACGCAGAGACAUACCUUCACCGUAUUGGUCGUACCGGUCGUUUCGGUCGUGUUGGUGUCUCGAUCAGCUUUGUCCACGACCGUAGGAGCUUCGAAGCGCUCUCCCAGAUCGCUCAGUUCUACGGAAUCGACCUUAUCCAGCUGAAUCCCAACGACCUGGAUGAUACCGAGAGGAAGGUGCAAGAAGUUAUCAAGUCGAGCAGGGCCCAAGCGGAGUACGUUCCCAGCGCUACUGAUUCGGCCGUUUAGGUAGUUGGCCGAUCAAUGAGUGUUGAGGGGGAGUCGUCGUCGUUGAAGUCGUUGAAAUCGUUCUUCUCUUCGGCGCCGCCGCCGCCGGAGACUCAGCAGUUUAGCGGAUGGUGGUGAGCUAAUACACAAGGAGUUUAUCAACUGAACCAUCUAGCGUAGGCGAGGGAUCAUGUCUUUUCAUCGUUGCUGCGACAUCAAGAUGUUGGGAAGCCCAGAAGGAAAGGGUAUGUGGGAGUGAACUCAUGAUGCGCAUAUUCCGUCAUUCAAAAUGGGAAUCGGGAGUUUAGAUCAAAGAGAUACCAACAAGGGGCGAAAGAUAAAUAACUUUUGCAGUCAGCAAGAUUGCUCAAGACGCGUUCGAUACUACCCGACGUUGAUACACCGGUAGACGCCAGGGUAUCACGAAAAUGUCAAGUGCAUUGUGUCUCGUAUGGAAGGGGGGGCAAAGAACGCUUAUCUCAACCGCCGUGCUAUACAUUUAUGCCCACCUCACGACGAAAGUCACAACACGUUGGGCUCAGCAUCGCCCUCGGUACCAUAACUUUACUUCGUGGUCCGAGUCCAGCUGGAUAGUGGCGUAGUUCCCCUCCCUCUUUUUGUCUCCAGUCGUUGGGAAGCUGUUUACUCAAGACUGGUAGCAUGUGGAUGUGGCUGUGCAGUGCAUCAUGGUGGCUUGGGGGAUGAAGACAACCUCAAGGCAGUGUGGUGUACAGAACCACUGGAUCGUUGAGGCGAGUUUCGUGGCUGGUGAGAAUCUGGGGGCAGUACCCGAACGGGAAUAGCGUUGUUGAUUUGUUAGCGCCCACCACCCUUAGGCGUGUCCGGGGUCCAGCCCACAACGAAGUACUUUUAAGCGCCGACCAAGCGCGUGUCCGGCGUCAACCUCUUACUCGCCCACCUCUUCCCAGCUCCAAGCCUUCACAGCCAUACAUCUAUCUGCGGAUGUUGUUCCUGCAUACCACCUUUGGCCAGUCGACUGGAGAACCG